AUGUCUGCUUUCUCUAGAACGCUGGCGCCGUUCUUGCGCCACUCCCUCAGAACCGGCCGCAAUGCCAACCCUUUAACGACCUCUCUACGGUCACCAAAUGCUUCUGCAGCUCUCAACCUUUACCGCACAUACGCUGUCUACGAGAGAUCAAAGCCGCACGUAAACAUUGGUACUAUUGGCCACGUGGACCAUGGAAAGACUACUCUCUCCGCCGCCAUCACCAAGAGACAGGCCGAGAAGGGCAUGGCAAACUUCUUAGAGUAUGGAGCCAUUGACAAGGCACCAGAAGAGAGGAAGCGAGGUAUCACUAUUUCCACAGCUCACAUCGAGUACUCGACCGAAAACCGCCAUUACUCCCACGUCGAUUGCCCUGGCCACGCCGAUUACAUCAAGAACAUGAUUACUGGUGCCGCCAAUAUGGACGGCGCCAUCAUCGUCGUCGCUGCAUCCGACGGUCAAAUGCCCCAGACCCGAGAGCACUUGCUGCUCGCUCGCCAGGUCGGUAUUCAGAAGUGUGUGGUCUUCGUCAACAAGGUUGAUGCCAUUGAUGACGAAGAGAUGUUGGAGCUUGUCGAGAUGGAAAUGCGUGAGCUCCUUAGCCACUACGGCUUCGAGGGAGACGAAACCCCCGUCAUCAUGGGUUCCGCUCUUAUGGCUAUGGAAGGAAAGCGACCCGAAAUUGGUCAGCAGAAGAUCGAUGAGCUGCUCGAGGCUGUAGACUCAUGGAUUCCUACCCCCGAGCGUGACCUCGACAAGCCCUUCCUGAUGUCCGUUGAGGACGUCUUUUCCAUUGCCGGUCGUGGAACUGUCGCCUCCGGUCGUGUCGAGCGUGGUACACUGAAGAAGGACUCCGAGGUGGAGCUGGUGGGUAAGGGUGGUGAGGUCAUCAAGACCAAGGUUACCGACAUUGAGACGUUCAAGAAGUCCUGCGACGAGUCUCGCGCCGGUGACAACUCUGGUCUUCUUCUGCGAGGCGUGCGUCGAGAGGAUAUCCGCCGUGGUAUGGUGAUUGUCAAGCCCGGCACGGUCAAGGCCCACACCAAGUUCAUGAUCUCACUCUACGUCUUGACCAAGGACGAGGGUGGUCGCCACACUGGUUUCCACGAGAACUACCGCCCUCAAAUGUUCCUGCGUACUGCUGACGAGUCCUGCGCUCUUUUCUUCCCGGAGGAUACCGAGGACAAGAGCCGCAUGGUCAUGCCCGGAGACAACGUUGAGAUGGUUGCCCACCUGCACAACCCUAUUGCCAUUGAGGCCGGUCAACGAGUAAACGUUCGUGAGGGUGGCCGCACGGUGGCCACUGGUAUCAUCACUCGCAUCAUACAAUAG